CCCAUGUCCAUGGGGCCCCAACCCAGCCGAGCCAGCCCUGUAACGUAAGAAAUUCUCCUUCUCCUUCUUCUUGGCAAUGGGAGCGUCGGCUAAGAAGAAACCUCCGUGUUGUUUUCCCAAAGUUGAUCGUGCAGAAGUGGCAGCCCAAUGAAAAGCAAUGGAUGCGCAAGGUGAUGUCAAUCGGGGAGAAUUCACGUGGAUGAUCAGCAACUUCACUCAGCUGAUUUCGCGUAAUCUUUAUUCUGAAGCAUUCCCAGUUUCUGGCUGUCAAUGGAGAAUUCUGGUAUACCCCAAAGGGCAUGUCUCGGACCAUUUGGCGCUGUACCUCAAUGUCCCCGAUCCUGGGACGUUGCCAAACGGGUGGACCAAGUUCAGCUUGAGUGUGAUCGAUCAAAUCAACAAUGUUCGCUCUAUUAGAACAGAGACGCAACAUUAUUUCACUGCGACCGAGAGUACCUGGGGUUUCACAAGCUUCAUGCCAUUGACUUCGCUUCAUAAUCCUAGGCAGGGAUACAUAGCAAAUGAUACUUUGGUGAUUAAAGCCGAAGUUUGCGUCUUAACAGUUACUCCUCCAGUGAUUAUUCAGCCAGCUAGACCAACUGAUAAGUUCAACUCCUAUUUUACUGGUCUCGAGGUACUCAUCAAUGCUGCUGAGACUAAUGGUGCUAGUGUAGGAUCAAGUUCGUGCCACCAAGAUGGUGCCUUGAGGGCUGAAAUUCCAAGCUUAGAAGAAGUUGAGAAGGCUAUGCAGUCCUUGAAGGAAUUCCUUUCAGAUCUCUUUAGAUUGAAUAUGAAAGAGAGGCUAUCUGAGGCACUAUCAACUUUAAGCUCAGCCAGAACCGGAUUAACGUCGGAGCAACAAUUAGCAAUUGAGACAUUUCGGGCCAAUUUCAAUGAUUUCAUUUCCGACUUCUUAAAGUUUGAGCAGCACAAUGCUGAGUUCGAGCUGCAUAAAGUACAAAAGGAUCAAAGGUUUUCUACUAUGAAGAAGUGCCACGAGACUCACAUCUUGUAUAAGCAGUUAAUGGAUGACCUCAUCAAGGAAGAAGAGGAAGUGAAGUCUAGGAGGGACAAGCUUCUCUCGGACUGGGAGAUCUUGCUGAUCGAGUCUGAAGAAGCGAAGUCAGGCUAUCAAGAUGAGCUGAAGAAAGUAGCAGAGGCUGAGGAAAAGAAGAGAAUAGCCGAGGAAAGAAUGUCUAGAUCAACCACUGCUUGGUCAAAUUUGAAGGCUCAAUUCUUCUAAAACUUUAAGGUUUCAAACAGGCCAUGAAGCAAUUGUUCACUUUAAAGUAUGAAAACCGUGUUUUAGCUUGACUAUUGGUUUACCAAUUUUCAGCAGAACAAUUGCUUAGAGGGGCUUAUAUGGUUGAUCCCAUAUCAUGUUAAUUUAGUCAGCAUGUGAGUCAAAUACACACGCACGUAUGUCUAUACAGUCAGUGUUUGAUGUC